UCCUCUUCUCGAUGUUUCGCCGAUAAUGGAAGCUUGAGACGAGGAGGAGACUCACUGCCACCAUCGUCGUCUCUCCGCUUCUCCUUUCCCCUCUCAGGAUUCAUUCAGCCACUUCCGCUCUGCAGCUGCCGGCACUGAUCGAGUCGGAGAAGUUGAACCGAGACAGGCAGGCAAAGAGGAUGUUCUACCGCGGAGCGAAUGUGCUGAUGGAAUCUAGACCGGACUGAGCUCAAUUGCAUGUUUCUCGACCAAAUCCUUGCAUCAUUUGAACUACGGUAGGAUGGCCGAGCUGGACGGGCGCGAGACUGGCCCGAAACGGCAGCGUUUCGAUCAGGGAUCUUCUUUCUACGGGCCAUCUCCAGGUUCAAGCUUCAUGUACAAUCCUUCACCUUAUGGGUACGUGGAGCAGCAGCCUCCUCCACCUUUCCCUGUUGUUCGGCUCCGAGGCCUUCCUUUCGACUGCACGGAGGCUGAUGUUGCUGAAUUCUUCCAUGGGUUGGACAUAGUGGAUGUUCUCUUUGUCCGCAAGGAUGGGAAGUUUAGUGGAGAAGCCUUCUGUGUGUUAGGAUACCCUCUGCAGGUCGAUUUCGCCCUCCAGAAGAACAGGUUUAGCAUGGGAAGGAGGUAUGUGGAGGUCUUUAGGAGUCGGAGGCAGGACUAUUACAAGGCAAUCGCCAAUGAGGUCUCAGAAAACCGUGGUGGAGCAUCUCCUCACAGGAGGGCACCACGGGCAAGGUCCCACGAUGAGGAGAAGGACUCAGUCGAACACACAGGGAUACUGAGACUGAGAGGAUUGCCUUACUCCGCUAGCAAGGAUGACAUUCUCGAAUUCUUUAGGGAUUUCAAUCUAUCCGAGGAUUCGGUGCAUAUCGUCUUCAACUCCGAAGGAAGGCCUUCAGGGGAAGCUUACGUGGAGUUUGCAAAUACAGAGGAUUCCAAGGCGGCGAUGACUAAAGAUAGGAUGACCCUUGGAAGUCGGUAUAUUGAACUGUUCGUCUCCUCCCAUGAAGAGUUGGAUGAAGCGAUCUCGAGGGGAAGAUGACUAUCUUGUAGCGUGUUUUAGCCUCAAAUCCUUGUUCUGAAUUUAAAAAGCUGACUGUUCUGCUCUGUAGUGAAUUUGAAUUUUCUUCGGCGUGCCUCCGUUUGAGCCAAAACUGGGGCUCUGUUUUUAUAGGCUGAGAUACUCCUUGGAGGAUCAGUAGUAUCUUAUGUUUAUCCAUACUGUAAUAGAAUAGUAUUAUAGUCAUUUGGCCGAAGUACGAUUUUUCGGACUAUGAAACAGAUGAACAGGCCUAAUAUUCGAUUCCUUUGGAAGGUGAGGGGCUCGGGCUGCAGCUGUACAUUCUGCACCUUCUAGUUCGCUGCAUCCACCACAUCACCUGUAAAACUUAUUUUGUUUGUGCAUCCAAGAAACCAGAAGCAAUGGUUUUGAUGGUU